AUGGCAGAGAGGAGCAUAGCAGGCACAGCAGAGGGAGAUGUCCCCAAUUAUUUCUCCAAACUGGGAUCAGGAAGUCCCAAACCCAGGCAGAAGUAUGGGGGCAUGUUCUGCAACGUGGAGGGGGCAUUUGAGAACAAAACCAUUGACUUUGAUUCUCUGAGUGUUGGAAAGAAGAGCAGCAGGAUAGUUGAUGGGAGCAGUUCAGGUGCCGGGUCUGAGGGGCUGAGUGAGUCUGGGAGUGACAUCAGCAGCACCACCACGGAUGGGCCAGGGGCCACUGAAAAAGUUGACAUCCAGGGAACUGCAGCUGGUAUUGGGGACAAGUCACCUGCAGAUGCCCAGAGCGACCGACUUCUGAUCAAAGGAGGGAAGAUCGUUAACGAUGACCAGUCUUUUCUUGCAGACAUAUACGUCGAGGAUGGUUUAAUAAAACAAAUUGGAGAAAAUCUGAUUGUCCCCGGUGGGGUAAAGACCAUUGAUGCCCGGGGCUUGCUGGUCAUACCCGGUGGAAUAGAUGUCCACACAAGACUACAGAUGCCCAUGAUGGGAAUGACCAGUGCCGAUGACUUCUUCCAGGGAAGCAAAGCUGCGUUGGCAGGUGGCACUACAAUGAUUAUUGACCACGUCUUCCCUGAAGCUGGAAUGCACCUGGUUGUUGCAUAUGACCAGUGGAGAGAAUGGGCAGAUGAGAAGGUGUGUUGCGAUUACUCCCUGCAUGUGGAUAUCACACACUGGCACGAGAGUCUGAAAGAGGAGCUGGAGGCAUUAGUAAAGGACAAGGGUGUGAAUUCCUUUCUUGUAUACAUGGCAUACAAGGAUAAAUACCAAUGCACAGAUGCUGAGAUGUACGAAAUCUUCAGCAUUAUCCGGGAGCUGGGCGCCAUAGCACAAGUGCAUGCUGAGAACGGAGACAUCAUUGAAGAGGAACAAAAGCGUCUUCUGGAACUUGGCAUCACAGGGCCGGAAAGCCACGUUCUCAGCCACCCAGAGGAGGUGGCGGCAGAGGCAACUUACCGUGCAAUAACCAUCGCGAAGCAAGCCAACUGCCCCUUGUACAUCACCAAAGUCAUGAGCAAAGGUGCUGCUGACGUGAUUGCUCAAGCAAAGAGGAAAGGUAUGGUGGUGUAUGGUGAGACAAUAACAGCCGGGCUGGGUACUGAUGGCACACACUACUGGAGUAAGAACUGGGCCAAAGCAGCAGCUUUCAUCACCUCGCCACCAAUAAGCGCUGACCCCACAACUCCGGACUAUCUUGGUUCAUUACUGUCCUGUUCGGACCUCCAGGUAGCAGGUAGUGCGCACUGCACCUUCACCACAGCACAGAAGGCCGUUGGCAAGGACAACUUUACACUAAUACCUGAGGGCACAAAUGGAGUAGAAGAAAGAAUGUCAGUUAUUUGGGAAAAAUGUGUGAACUCUGGCAAAAUGGAUGAGAAUGAGUUUGUCGCUGUGACCAGCACAAACGCAGCCAAGAUUUUUAACUUGUAUCCCCGAAAGGGAAGGAUUGCAACCGGCUCCGAUGCUGACCUAGUUAUCUGGAAUCCAAAAGUGUCAAAAAUUAUUUCUGCCAAGACCCAUAAUCUGGCUGUUGAACUGAACAUCUUUGAAGGGAUGGAAUGCCAUGGGGCCCCAGAAGUCGUUAUAAGUCAAGGACGGGUUGUGCUGGAAGAUGGAAUCCUCUAUGUGAGCCAAGGAUCCGGGCGCUUCAUCCCAAGGAAGACAUUCCCUGAUUUUGUGUACAAAAGGAUUAAAGCCCGAAAUAAGCUGGCAGAGGUCCGUGGCGUGCCAAGGGGAUUGUAUGAUGGACCCGUUCAUGAUUUCGCACUAGCUGCUAGAACCACAGCCCCCGCUACCACCGGAAGGAUAACGGCCUGUCCGGGAAAAGUCCAGUUGGGGCCAGGUCGAAACCUGCAUCGAUCUGGGUUCAGUUUGUCAGGAUCCCAAACAGAUGAUCAUAUUCCGAGACGCACUACUCAAAAAAUUGUAGAACCCCCUGGUGGCCGUUCUAAUAUUACAUCACUUUCAUAGUACAGGACAAAGGUACUGUAUUCUUUUCAGAGUUGUGUAACAGCCGAGAGGAAAUCACAGGAGUCUGCAUGAUGAUUUUGUGAAGCAAAUACAUCUUGAAGCAAAGUUCCCCAGUUGACCCUCAUCCACAUUUGUGUAUGGAGUCUACAAGGGGAGUCGAUUCACUAUAUAGCAGGAGAUUAAGUACUGUACUAUUGUUGAGACUACUGUAGGUAUGAUAAACUGUAGAUAUGUUGACGAAACGUUCUAUUUUAGAAUGCACCUGUCAUCUACACACUGCAGAAGAAGCUCUUCUCUGAGAAGACACCAUACCGAUAAGAAUGCAGCCGUUAUUAAGUCACCAGGGGGUAUAUUUACUAAGGUGUGAGUUUUUUUAGAAGUGGAGGUGUUGCCCAUAGCAGCCAGUGAGAUUCCAUACUCUCCAAAAUGACCCAUUCCAUUAGGUACAAAAUGCUCUGUUCCUUGACUUCAUUGCCAGUGGCAGUUGCAGAGCUGGGGCUGUAGCACAGUCCAAAAUUCAAAUAGGGGAGCCACACCAACUGCCACCCCAACACUGCCAAACAUCACCAGCCAGGACUCAAUGGCAGUUGAUAUGGUUCCACUGUUUGACUGUGCUGCAGCCCCAGCUCUUCAACUGCCACUGGCAAGGAAGU